AUGGAGAACGAGCCGCCUUCCGCGACCUCGAGGCGGGGUCGUCUAAUGGGGAAGCUCUUUGCCCUCAAAGAGAAAGAUCGCAAGCCCACGGCCGAAGAAACGGGCAAUAAUAUCAAUGAUUUCCUUAACGGCCCCUCUGAUACCCUGCAGGUCAACCAUGCCUCGCCUUCCACCGCCAUCCCCCAGCUUUCGAAGCUCGAUAUCUCCUCCGCUACUCGCUAUCCACAAGCCUUGUCUGUUGCUAGUCACUCACAGCAAAGCCUGAACCCCCCGAACCAGUACUCCGCCCGCAGCCCUGGCCUAAGCCCGGGCAUCCCACCUCGGAGCCCGCGGCGUAGCAACCGAAAGGGCUUGACUGUUCGUUUUGUGGACCAGAAACCCGACAUCAUUGGCGAAGGUGGUGAUGAGUCGGAGAUCCCAGCCAUUGAGGUAUCGAGGCGCAAGAAGCAGCGACCUCCUCCGUCCCCACGACGUACACCCGUGGCUGCUGUUCACGACUCCCCGCCGAGAGCGCCCUCAGCGCCGAAAGAGGACUCAGACUUCAUGCCUGGCCGCCUGCGACGAACACAGACAGGCUUCUCCUCUGUCAGCAACGAGCCCAUCGAGCCCAAAGAACCCCCUCCAGCUUAUAGAGAGGUGGCACCAGGUAACGCAGUUUCGGCGCCAUUCCUAGACACCCCGACCAUCGCGAAGAACGAGAAUCGAAAGUCCUUCAUCGAGCACCAGCAGGCGGAGAUGCGACAAGCAGAGGGCAAGGCGUUUGCAGAGGCCGCACGUCAAGCUGAGCGGGAGGAGCAUGGAGGCCAAACGCCUCUCGUACCGCAGAUAAACGAGUCCCCAACCAGAUCUCCAGUGCCACCUAGCAAGGUGCCUCUCCAGCCGAGAUCCCCAGAUGACUACAGAAAGCCUCCCGAGCAAAGCCCCUCAUCCAUAUAUUCCAGCAGCACCGAAUUCAGCCAGCAGCAGAACACAGCUGCCAAUUUCUCUCGGCAGCCUUCUGUCAAUUCCCAGUACCACAUGGCGCCCCCAUCUGCAACAGUCGCCUCGAGACAGGCAUCCUUCAACUUGCAUGAUGCAGUCCUUGCAGUUGGUGAUGACGCUCUGAACACAUUCGUCACUCGCACUCGCCACUUUAAUGAACUAUUCAGGCUGCAUGCCGAGACAAUCAAGCCCAUUUCGGCCUGUUCACCGCUAGAGCUAUCACGUGCUGCACUGUGGUGGCUCAUCAAAGGACGCACUGCUUUAGAGGUUGCAGUUCGUGCACGACCUGGUAGUCCUCAAGACCAGAUGCAGAACGAGAAUGAUCGCCAGCAGGCAUAUGCCAACCUUGCCAAAGGCUACUGGUUGGUGGAGGAAGCCAUACCUGAGGUGCAGGAGAACAAGCGCCUUGCGCCCGAUGCAGGCAUUACUGAGAUUCGCUCAACGUUGGUCGGCGCUCUCAAGAAGCUUGCCGUCUCAAUGAAAAGAAACGGGUUCCUUCCGCCUGAAGAGGCGUUCUUGCCUCAGACCAUCGACAAGUCUAUCUGGAUUGAAUAUCCCCGACUGAGCGUUGACAUGAUUGCCUUGCUCACUGCCGAUUCAUCUGCAGCCAUGACGGGUGUUGUUCGCACCCCCUCUGCUUUCGAAAUUCUGGAGACUCUGCCCCCUAACGAUACUGCUGAGAACUUCACAUUCGGCAGAGUGAGCACGGACGUGUUCUUGAUGGAACAAGGCAUGGAUUCUCAGAGAUUCUACUUCCCUUGCCUCCUGACCAUGGUCCGACCUAACAAACAGCACAACUUGGUCUUUGUUAUCGCUAGUCAACACGGCGAAGUGAACUUACGAAUCCAAGGAAAUAAGAACUCGGGCCCGACCUGGGACGAUGUCCGCUGGCGCAAUUCAACCCACUCACUCGAGAUCAAACUGCCCAGAGGCUUCAUGAUCGUCGUUCAGUGCUCACAGCAGGACUACCGAAUGCUGUGGAAUAUGUACGAUUUCGGUGCCCAGGUGCAGUCGACACUGUACGCUCGAUCCGACGAGCACUGCGUUUUCCGUUCUACCCUUCGGUCAUUCCAGUACUUCGACUCAAAUCCCAAUUCCCGGGCGUUUCCCAAGGAAGCCGUGGCAAAUUGCGAUGUGGCUCUGUUUGAGAAGAUUCAUAAGGAGCAUGCUGCUGCAGGUCCACGCGCUUACCAUAGGGGGUACAGAAUCGUCGUGGUAACAGGCCCUCGCACGAGAACGCUGAGUGGUGUCAACCACACCUACACGCCACAGAUGCCAAUCCCCUUCAGUUUCCUUAGGUCGGACGGAGGUGAUGCUGCCUUGAUGCUCAAGUACGACAAUGUCAACCCGGAUCCGAACAAGCGCAUAAAGGUGAGCAUGGUGCUCUCGUUCGCUGAUGAGGGGGAGCGGGCCCAGCUCAACAGCCUCAUUUCCGGUACUUCUGUGCAAAAGGAUGAGACGAUCUACGCAGAUGUGCCCCUUAUCGGAUUCUCCAUGUCGACAUCGUUGCAGGAUAGCAAGUAUCUUCCAGGCGUCAGCCAGAUCCCCUGGACAUCCCUUCGAGUCAUCAACGAAGAUGCCGACGACGAAUAUCCUCGGACAGUUCUGGCCGACAGAUUACGAGUCAUCGUUGAAUCCAAGCAGGGUUUACUCACCGACCGAGUGAACCUGCAACCUGGCGAAUUGCGAGUGAGGCUCGAGGUUCAAGAGACUAAGUCUCUCGUGGUGAUGCGCCAGCCACAGUUCGACAUGACUGCAAACGUAGCAGACGGAACUGUUGGCAAGGAGAUCCCCAAGGCUAUGACCGAAAUGCUCCAAAUGUUGCAGACGACCCAAACAAUUCGCACUUACAGCUUCCCGACGCAGAAAGAUCUUCAUGCCUUCCAGGCUGCAUUGACUGGAUUCCAAGUCGUCUUCGACGGCCUCGCCGCUACCUUUGCAAUUUCUCGACGAAGAAUGGUGGUUCCGAUCCACAAGAAAUGGGAGGCGGGAUUGACUCGAGUCCAAGUAGUGCAACAAGGCACAAUCAUGCAACUCCUCGCGUUCUUCCCAGACUUUCACCACGGCCAGUGUAUGAACUUCGUUUUGAAAGGCACGGAUGUAUACGAGACGUUUUCGAGGAGCAGUAAAGCUGGUAUCAAGUUUGUUGACGCCAAGUUCCCCAUGCCACGCAUGCCCAACGGCAGCGACGGACCGUCAGACGACAUGGGAUUCAUUUGUCUGGACCUGCCGGACUUGCCGGGUGAGCACGACGACAUCACGCUCCUCUUCGAAAACGAAGCGGGUAAAACGCGACCGGCUGACGCAGUGUCUACCGGCCACCGUCAAGGGUUCCAGGUCACUGAGAGGCCGAUAGACGAAGCCCACUCGAAAUGA